GUCCAUAAUGAUAAUGCUGAUGAUACCUACGAACUUGCACUGCUCCUCAUUUCGAUCCCACUUCGUUUCAUCACUAUGCACGACUUAGCUUUCAUUGUCUCAAGCAUUCUAGCUUUCGUCUCUACGGCACAUGUUGCGCGAAAUGAUGCGCCAGUGGCAAUGUGCCGUACUCACUUUGGCGUCAUCAAUCUGUACUCCACCCUACUCCUGGUCGUGACUCUGACCAUGAAACUGAUCGUAGCUGCUGCUCAUGGUCUGUAAUCUUGGUCGUCGCCCGUAGAUACAGCUAGUCAACUCUGGCAAAAAUAAACUUGAACCUGUCCUCGAUUUCUCAGACUGCGAGCCUACUCUGCAAACGAUGCAGCC